UGCAGCUAAGCAGCAUGGCUGCGUAGACGAAAUAAAAAAAAAAACAACUAUUGGUGCGGCGAUAGUGCAUACUUACCUGCAAAAAAACCAAGUCAAGAAGCCAAACAGAAGUACAGAAGAGUGUCGAGAGAUGAUUGAUGAACGAGUGCGUGUUGUAAAUAAAUCGAUCGAACAGUGAUAACUUGGUACACAAGCGAAGAGAGAGUAGUUCUGUGGUUGCUUGCAAGGUCAUCGCUGUUUAAAUCAGUGCAGCAUCGGUGCACGUAGGACGUGCAAUUUUGUGCUUAUUUUUUACAGUGAUACAACUGUGUAAUCUACAGCUGUAACGAUUUAAGUGUAGGCAUUCGUGAUUUUGUGGAAUCAAUUAACAGCGAUAAAAACACCGGAGACUUGCUUUCAUACUUUAAAGCUCCUAAGAACUGCGAAGCCAUAACUGUGUUUUAAAGAAAGCUCAAAAAAAAUUUUAAUACAUAACACACAGCUUGAAUAUCAUACGCCUGUUGUAACAUCAUGGGUAAACCUACAAAGAAUGAUGCGGGCUCUGGGGGCGAUGAGAGAAAUGUUGAACGGAAACAGAGAGCAGGCAGCAAUCCGUCGAAAGCUUCUUCUUCGAAUACAGUCAAGUCGAGACUGGGCGAUAACGAGACUUCCAGGUUGAAAACUGGAGUGAGACAAAGUGCCAGACAGUCGAUUGUAGGAAAGGCUGGUCUAAAAUUCCCUACCAACGUGACGAUUCACACUCCUCUAAAAACACCGUCUGCAGGGUUGGGCCAGCCGACCAACCGUGGCGGUAGUGUGACCAAGCCCACAAUAUCGAGUACCAACAAAGAAGUGAAAAAAGCCAGCGAGUUGGGAAUCAAGCCAAAGAGUCUGGCAGGCAAAAUGAAACAGGAAAGCGAGAGCUCGGAGCCCAAACCCAAGGCCAAUGUCCUGGACGAGUUCCCCAGUCCGGCUGAAAUCAUCAAACAGCAAGCCAAGGAGUCCUCCGAUCAUACCGCAGAGCAGCAGCCAGCCGACCAGCAAAAUGGACUGAACGGUGGUAAAACUGCAGUCGACGAAAAUGGCACCGAGAACGGCAGUAGCCAAGAAAACGGCAAGUCGAGCGAGCAGAACGGCCAAGACGCCCCGAGCGAGCGUGACGAAGAGAUUAAGCUACAGCUGGAGGCGGAGGAUCAGGGUGGUAGUGACAGUAAACCGGAUGACGAUGUUCCCAAGGAGCCCUUGGAAAUGGGUAAGGAUGAAGAUUCGCAGAAUGACGUCAAAACAUCGAGCGAUGGAACGGCGGAUGACCUGCAGACUGACACGGAAAGUUACUCGGUUGACGUGGUCGAGUCUACGACGUCCGAACCCUCCGAAGCUACAGAAUCGACUGCUGCACCGUCCGAGGUCGGCAAAGACGAUGAUGUGCAGAACGCAAACGACGAAAAUGCAAUGUUGGAAGCUUCGAGACAAAAGUGCUCGGUCCAGCUGAUGGAUUGCAUGAGAGAUCCCCAGUGUGCAGAUUUAAUGAAAGAGCAAAGCGUUCCACUUGAAAGACGUAUUAACACCAGAUCCAAAUCCAAAUCAAAAGCUAAAGAGGUAAGCGUCGCUCAACAGAGUGAACCAGAGAAUCCUCCAAUAUCGACAAACGGUCGAGAAUACAUAAGACCAAGAGCAAGACCCUCGAUCAGGCGUAAUUUUUCGUACAACUCGACAAACAGAUCGCUGUUUCUCAAUAGGGUGACCGAGGAGGGUGGUCCAUCCUGUCGCAUUAUUUCGGACAACUAUCGAAAGCUGCUGACGGAAUCAGCCGCUACCAGCACCAAUGGUGCCUCUCUCAGCUCCAAGAUAAGGGAGGCGAACAUGAAGCGCAAAGCUAACGAAGCCAAUCCGGUGGAAGAAAAAAAAGCAAAGUUGGUUGGUGGUGACAGCCUUCUGCAACAAAAGACACAGCUUUCAGCUACCAGUAGGACGAUAAAACCCGUUCUUAAUGAACCACCUCUUAAAAAGUGGUGUACCAUCAUGUAAGGGGGAAAAAAAA